CUUAAACAUAACGUAACCACAUACAAAUACCAAUCAUGUUUAACUUAGUUACACGGUUUCAACAAGUGUCUAACCAGGCCUUGUCUGCGUCUAUGGUAGUUUCAGGAAUAGUUGUGGUCUUAAGUUUAUUGCAAUUAUUCUUUACCAACGCUUGGUCUAUAGAUUCAACUGAUAUUUCAAAUAUUAAGGCACUGGCUCUGUUAAAGCAAUCAUUUAACUAUGGAUCUAUCAAUAGAAAACCAAAGGAAAAUUCCAAGAUUAUAUUUGAUUUGGAUGCAGACUUGACUCCUUUAUUCAAUUGGAACACUAAGCAGGUAUUCGUAUACCUUACUGCUGAAUACCCUGGUAAGAGUAAAGAUUCCUCUAAUAAGGUCACAUAUUGGGAUAAAAUCAUUACAUCUAAAGAUGAUGCUAAAUUAGCUCUCAAAAACCAAAGAUCAAAGUACUCCGUAUGGGACUAUGAAAAGUCAUUCCGUUCAAGAAAUGCAAUUGUUAAAUUAGAAUGGAAUAUUCAACCUCAUAUUGGCCCACUUAUUUUUGGGGAAACAACCUCUGUUGGUGAAUUCAAGUUUGCAAGUGCUGCCACAAAGUAGAGUUGCUUGUCUAUAUGUUUACGUUCUUGUUUAGAUUUAUCGAUUCUCGAUAUUAUUAAUACACGAUGCUAUGUCUAUAUGAUAUGUACAAGUAUGUUUAUAUGUUAAAUAUUAGAUGACAAAUCUU